UUACCCGGUGAAAUACGCGCGCGGGCGCGAGAGAGAGAGAAAGAGGUGAGGAGGGUUAUGGUCGUCCAAGGGAUCGGCAAGAUCCCGGCUACGAGAACGAUAGUCGGAAUCACGGCGGCGAUGGAGGGGAAAAUUCACGCCCAUUACAAUCACAAUGACUCCUGUCGCCUUUCACGGUGGACAGCGAGGGAGAGCUUCCAAUAUAUGUAUGCCAGGCCUUGGCAUAAGGUUUCCGAUUUCCAUUUGGAUUUGGUCUGCCGGGGCGGGUAUUCAUCACUGAGCAGCCUGUUUAAUCCUGAGAAUAAUAAAUCAAAGGUUGCCUUAGAAUACUGUCAUGGUGAUGAGGAAUCGAACCUAGUGGAUGUACCCUCUGAAAAAAGGAAAGGCAGGUUGGAAAGAAUAACCUUCAAGAUAGUUCUUUCAUACCACGGAAGUUCUUUUGACGGAUGGCAAAAACAGCCUGGUUUAAACACUGUUCAAGGAUUAGUGGAGAAGUCCCUUGGUAUAUUUGUUGAUGAAAGGAAAGUUCAGCAGCUUAAAGAAAGAUCAUUACCAGUGGAAGGCUGUGUUGUUGUAACUGGGCGCACUGACAAAGGGGUGACCGCUCUCCAACAAGUUUGUUCUUUUUAUACAUGGAGAAAAGAUGUUAAAUCUAGUGAUUUGAAGGAUGCUAUCAAUGCAGCAGCCCCAGGAAAACUACGUGUUCUCUUUAUAUCCGAGGUUUCCCGAGUUUUCCAUCCAAAUUUUUCUGCAAAGUGGAGGCGAUACUUCUAUAUCUUCCCACUGGCAGAUAGUCUGCAAAUUCAAGUCAAUGCUAAUCCUAUGGACAACUCAAGCAGCAAGAAUGAGGAUGAUGGGUUGUUGCAACAGCAGGCAGAGCAUAUUGAGGAUAGAGAUGGUUCGACUUUCAACAAGGGAGACAAUUGUAUUGAUAAUGUUGACAUGCGGAUGAAGCCAUCAAGUUUUAGUGUGGAUAAAGUUAACCAGCUUUUAUGCCAGUUAGAGGGGAGGUCUUUGUCCUAUAGAACAUUUGCUCGGGAUACAAAAACCUCUAGAAGCUCGGGUCCGCCAACAGAGUGUUUCAUGUUUCAUGCUCGUGCUGCUGAAGCCAAGCUGCCCUGCAUCGACAAGGAUUCCACGGAAGAAAUAAAGGUGAUGUGUGUGGAAUUGGUAGCAAAUCGUUUCUUGCGUAAGAUGGUUCGUGUACUUGUUGCCACCGCCAUAAGAGAGGCGGCAGCAGGUGCCGAUGCAGAUGCUUUGCUCAAUCUGAUGAAUGCAACAUGCAGACGUGCCACUGCUCCUCCGGCUCCUCCUGAUGGCCUCUGUCUUGUUGAUGUUGGAUAUGGGGAUUUUAACUGCCAGAAUUCUUUAAUAUUAUGAUCAACGGGUGAUCUGUGGCUCGACACGUGUAAUGAUAUGAGAAAGGUUUUUUUGCAUCCAGCCCCCUUGUAAUUAACUGAAUUGUUUGUAGGAUAUAUAUGUAAAACUAUAAAGCCCUUGGACGCAAAAGAGCUGAGCUGAUCAGUGCAAAAUUGAUGUUGGAAAGCAAUGCCGACCAAAAAAGAGGUCUUUCUACACCGUUUCCCGUUGCUUUCUGAAGGACGGUGGGGAUCCGAGUCAGCCUCCAUUAGUAAGUUUAAAAUUACAGUAA